CUCCUCUUUCCUUUAGUAAAAUAAAUUCCAACGAGAAACUAUCUAUUUACGAGGGCAACCAGCUAGUCGAUCGUCAUUGACCCAGGAUAUCGAUCACCGCAGCGUCGAUCAUCUCCGUUUCAGGCUAUUGAGCCCGUGAGUGUGAGAAAGAAGCGAAUUAGGAAGAAGAGAAAGAAGAGGAACAAGCUGCAGAACUAUUAUAGUCUAGCAGUGAAAGUACUUUGAACUCGAAUCACGUGCUUCAGUUCUCUCAGGUAUAUCAUCAGGUGAACUCUUACAAGCGAGUUCAGUAUCAUCUUCACAACCCUUCGAAUUCUUCGUUCAGCCUCUUCGUCUCUUCGUCGAUUGCUGCAGUGUACAUAUGAAAGUUGUGGUGUAUGCAUCGGUUCGACAAUUUAAUUCACAAAGUAUUGCACUUGAUCACAUAAUCACGAUAUCGUUUUUAGUUUUCGACAAACUGUUUUGUGUAUUACUACAUGUUGUUCUUCAUGGUGAAGUUUCCAAAGAUCAAACUAAAUAACCGGUAAAUGCACUUCCAAGAUUUUACCGACACUUUCUAUAUUUGACAAGAGGGUCCCGAGUAACGUGCGCUUUGUCCGAGACGUGCGCGUAAGACGAUUAUGGCGCAGAAGUUGGGAAUCGCAAUCCUAUGCAAAUGCAGAUUUAAUUUCAAAUCGAAGUAAAUGAAAUUGAAUCGAAUGUUUCUGAUUAUGUAAAAAAUCAACCAAUUUUCCAUUAGAAUGAAGACAAUAAUCGAGAAAGAAAAUUGGUUUCGUUUAAUACUUACUGCCACGUUUCUAAUGAUAUGCGUUGUUGCAGAAAAGCGGAAAAGACAAAUAUUUAGAGAACAAGUCUUACCAGCAUUAGGAGGUAAAAUUCCAGAAGAAGCUUUUAGGACUGAUCGUUUAGCCUUAAAUCGAUUAAACAAAGAAGGUAUUACAGUACCUGAUGGAGUGGUCUUGGAUGCCCGAGGUGUGCAUAAACAUACUCAGCAUGUUCAAGCGAUGCCAGAAGUAAUAAAGGUGUACCUGACACCGGAUGGACGAUACGUUCCACCCGAAGGCAGAUUUCAUUACAACCGUGCGAAAGCGAUUGACACAACUUACGUUAUUCGUACGCCAUACUCGCGAUUUAAUGGUCACGAGUACACGAACAAUCGCUUUAACAAGCAUCGGGAUUUUUCUAAAUCACAAACUUAUACGAGCUUCAGACAAUUUGUACCUAUAGUACCACCAUUGAAACCUGGAAUUUAUAAACCUAUCGUAACACCUUUGGUACUUCCUGCUGAUGCCAAUUUAUUAGAAGAAACUUUUGCACCAACUUGGAAUAUUCGCUACGAGUGGGAUUCUAUUUACCAACCAUUCGACGAUUAUAUUCUCAACAACAUAGCGCUUUUCAACUCUCACCAGAUCAUUGCUGAUUAUCAGGGAUUUUUGAAUAAGUUUCAUGAGCGAUCUUCGAGACACGCCGGAUCUCAUCCUGCAAAUAGAAACCAAAACUUUUCUCCUCGUAUUCGAAAGCAGCAAUUGCAAAACAUCGAAAUAAAUCCGAAAGCGACAUCGUACCAAAAUGUCAAACUGAACACUGACGAUACAGUUUCUCGCUACACGAAUCUUACCAAAAUUCCAGAAACUGGUUUCACGUGCAGUGGUAGGAGAGGCAUGUUUGCCGAUGUUGAAACUAAGUGUCAAGUUUUCCACAACUGCUCUGGUUGGUCGAAAACUUCCUCGCUUUGUCCAUCGGGAACAGCAUUUAGUAACGUAAAGAAACGUUGUGAAUGGUGGAAUACAGUAGAGUGUAAAUAAUUCAUUUAAUUCUAUCGAAAUUUCAAUAAUAUUAGAAUAGUAAUAUAGAUAUAAAUGAAUUAAAAGUAAUGAUAACUUAGAUAUCCAUUAUAAAUCGUUAUAAUUAGACUGUGGAUUUUUACGCAUUUAUGAGAAAUUUAAGAGGCGCCGGAAUGCACAGAAUGCGCGUAAUACGCAAAAAUAUGUGAAACGUCCAAAAUAUAGCACUUACUAUAAUACCUAGUAGCUGAAACAAAUUUCGGCUUUCCAGGUCCCAUUUCUUUAACGGCUUUCAUAAAAAUAUAUAUUUGCAUAAAUAUCCGCAGUCCGGUUAUGAUUAAUAUGCGAAACUAAUACGAUGAAGAAAAUGUAGAUAUACCAUCUCUAUUACGAACGUCCAAAUUAUGUUCACUGUUACAUAGAAUGAGGAAAUAUAAGAACAGUUUAAGAAUGUACAUGUUACGGUAAACGAAAAGUUCUUUUAAAAUCAUCUUCAAAGUCUUCUCGAUGUUACCGACAAUUCUUUACAUGUAUAUUACCAUUCACUCUUUUAAAAUACAGUGUCCUGAUCGACGUCAAAACGAGUUUAAUGAUCUGCAACCUACGAUAUCACGAUAUGAAAAUAAUAGUGUAAGAUGCGCAAAAAGAUAUGUAUAGUUUAGAACACAGCAAGAUCAAUUCAAGCUGAAUCAUCGUACUGCUCAGAGCAGUCAUUCGUAUCAUAUUCUGUACUUGUCUUUUCGUUUAUAUUUUGUAUUAUUUUUCGAAAACUUUAAUAUCGAAUGUGGCGAAACGUUAACCGAGAGUGAAAUAAAAACAAUUGUAAUAUUAAAGAUAGGAAAGUGUAUCUUUUAAAAAAUUUUACGCGUUUCACAUAAUUAUAGGAAAAUAAUUUACAGUCUACUAAAAAUCUUGGAAACGUAUGUAUGGUGUAACAAAGAACACUAAACCGAUAAUUACUCGUAAAGGACCUAAAGCGAUAAUUAUUCGUGACAAAUUUUGGAAGAUGUCUCGUACUUCACCGUUUUCUCGUUUGCAUUAGAAAAAUCUGUAUAGUAAAAUACAAGAAAACGUUGCAUAGCCAUACUAAUUACAUUUAUGAGAAACAUUUUUCUACUGAAAGCUGUAAAUCAUGCAGCAGAGAUUUAGUAAUUCUUUGUACAACUGGCACGCUUUAAAUUAUAUUUAGAAUAUAGAUUAGAAAUUUUAAUACACGACGAUUCUCAUA